GUCCCGCGCAGGCGCGGCUCGGGAGCUGCCGGCGGCGGCGAUGGGCGGACGCCUGGCCCGCGUGUUUCGCACUUUCAACGUGGAGAGCCGGGCCCGCCGCGAGAUCAGCAGGGAGAAGCCCAGGCCCGCGCCGCGGCACCCCAGCUCCCGGCGGGACGAGCUGCCCGACCACCCCGGGAUAAAAGAAGAAAUUUACCGGAAGGACGAUAGGCUCCUCGCCUUGUUGAGAGAUGUUUAUGUCCAGUCCAGAGAUUCACCUGUGCGGGUAAAAGAUGGAGGUGGUGAACAUCUUCCACAUAAACAGGAGGAAAAGAGACUUACAAAACUAGGCCACUUGGGAGAUGCAGAUAUUAAGAAAGUUUCCAAAGGCAAAAUUUCCACUGUGGAGGCUCUGACACUUCUUAAUAAUCAUAAACUUAAUCCUCAAAUAUGGACUGCAGAGAAAAUAGCAGUGGAAUACAGUCUGGAACUGAAGGAUGUCAACUCUCUUCUGGAAUUCUUCAUUCCUUUCACUGUGAAGGAAUUUCCUAAAGAAACCAAAAAAGUUAUAACGUCAACAUAAAAAUAAUUACCAAAACCUUGUGUGAUCUCACUCGUGUCUUAAUUUUAUUCUUGAGUAUAUUCAGUGUUUGGAAAGAGUUGGUAAUGUGUCAUCCAACAAGGCUGCUUCCUUAUAUACCAGUGAAGAUGCAUUCAAGCAAUUCCAUUCUAUAUUGGAUGGCUUCAUUUAAAUGCAGCAAUUAUAGGAUACAAUUUUUAAACCUUAAUAUAACUAAUAAGUAAGUUGUAUGAGAGCAUGUCACACUGAUUAUCCCAUUUGUAUGUACAAGUUCAGUUAAAGUACACAAGUUCACUGAGAACUUUACCUUAACAUCACAUUUCUUAGCAGAGACUUCCUGGCCUUCAGCUAAAUCAGUGCUCUGAGUGUACUAGCUGUGUCGUUUCAUGUUGGUGUUCUUUCAAGGACUUGCUGUCAAGGUCUGUGUAUACACAGACAGCUGAAUUUCUUUUGUAUAAGAAUGGAAUAGUAUUUAUACUUUGCAAAGAAGGCUAACCACAAGAUAAUUUUGGAAAUUAAGCUGUGUCAAAGUUAAAAAGAAGAUGACCGUUUCUGGUGCUGGGACAGUAAUGGCUGAUGUGUAGCUCCUUUUCCCCUCUGUUCUGAUUUAGCUUAAAUAGCUACACCUUCCCAGGUACUUUCUGUUAGUCAAUGAAUUUGUAAAGAGCGAUGAUCUUCUAGCAUCUUGCAGCAGUCCCUGGCACCUGUUGUGUGAGAAAUAAUUCUCAUAAUUAAUAGGUAACUAUGAAAUGCAACUGGAUCUACUAAUUGGACCAACUAGUUGGUCUUGCGUAAUUGUCUGCCUGUCCUGUUACAAUAGCCCUUUUUGCCUGUGGAGGUCCUGCCUGACUUACCCAAUUGUGGGUUAGAUCAGGUCAUGCUCACACACAGCAAGUUACUCACAUGCUACCAGAUUGAAGAUGGACAGUAUCCUUUCCACGUUAGUAAAGGACAAUGCAAAGUGUGAGGUGGUAACAGGUUGUUACCUCAUUGAGGAGGGGAGAUAAUCAGAAUCGAUAUUCAAAAAUUCAUUAUGGUUGCUUUCAUGCA